UAGUCCUUCAAACUCCCCACGAUUCCAUUGGAGCUCCAGGAUCUCCCAUCAUGAAGAAGAAUGUCCUCCUAUAUGGUCUGACAACGAGAGACUAGGGAUCUCCCUUUUUUUUGAGCGGUACUCUGCGUUAUGUGGUCCCUUAUCAAGCACUACCAUUACUGGUCUCGCUCCACCAUGUGCGUGAGAUGCUCAAGCUCAAGCUCCAAUGACCACCUCGCCUUGCUGUGGUUCAGCGCUCUAUGCUCAGUUCCAUUAAAUAUCUGAUCACCUUAUGACUGAAAUUGUGCGGCGUCUUGUUUCUGGUGGUAAAGCUCGGUUUAGAGAUCCGAAUCUUGAUCUUGAGCUAGAUCUUGUAUAUGUAACCGAUCAGGUCAUUGUUAUGGGCUAUCCUGCUACUGGCCUUGAGGGCCUCUACCGAAACCGUCGCGAGGAUGCUCAGCGUUUUCUUACUGCUCGACAUGGUAGCGACUUUUGGGUAUUUAACUUCUGCCCAGUGAGGGAGAACUUUUAUGACAAGAGCGUUUUUGGAGGACGGGUGAGUCGCUAUCCCUUUCCAGAUCAUCAUGUGCCUCCCUUUGCGGUUCUCCCUUUAGUUUCCAGGGAGAUAGAUGCUUGGUUAACAAGUUCAAAAGACAAAGUAGCUGUCUUGCACUGUAAAGCCGGUAAGGGAAGGUCGGGCACGCUGGCCUGUGCUUACCUCCUCUCAACCGAAACCUUUUCUCCUACAUCUCCUCUGGAAAACGUAGACGACUGGAUAACCGUCCGCGUUGAUGACUGCAUGCAAGUAAUCCCUAAUGAUGCGGCCCUCGAAGCACCAGGCGAAGCAGCCAAGUGCUCUACACCAUCUAUUGUGGGCGAAGCGUUUCCGCCAGACGAAAGCCAAAGUAUGCCCUCCAAGCCCUCCGCGCCUACAUUGCAACAGGUAUUAGACUUCCACACCUCGCGCCGCAUGAAAGCUUUAUCCAUUGCAACGAAACAAUCAAGUGCGCGGCCGAGGAAGGCGAAGGCAGGCGUUAGUAUUCCUAGUCAGAGGCGCUGGCUUUUAUACUGGUCGCAACUUCUUGCUGGUCAGGGUCCACCCGGAAUUUGGAGACUGCCAGAUGUUGAAUCGGGCAUGGUUCAUACCUCCAACUCAUCAUCGAUUCCCCGGAGGAAAGUGCGCGUCACCGAAAUUUCCCUUCGACUGCGUGAGCUAUCUAUAAUUAAAACGGGUCUCGUUCGUGCAGCCAGCUUGCUAAUGGAUCAUGGCGAUAACCGUGUGUGGGCGUCGCUAGCACGUUACGACGACGUCUUUGUUGAUGCUCUAGAGCGUUGGGAGCAACGUACUCGGGACGUCACUAACUUGGGAAGGCGAAAGCGGUCAUUUGACUCUGAGUCCCCUGAAUCAGCCGAUGAAAUCUUUGCCAGCGACAAAUGGGACAAAGAAAAAAUGGUGCACACUUUCGCUCGGAUGGAAGAUGCUGGAAAGCUAGGACCUGAAAUGAACGACAUAGACGAGAGCGUCAAGGUCUACAGCUACGUUCUCCGUCCUCUGACUGAGGAACGUUGGAUCAACAUUCGCGAAGCACCACCUCAACAGGAGAAAAUUCACAGCUCAGAGGCUUCGAUUAAUUCGAACACGACUUCUAUCGAUUCCAUAUCCCAGGAAGCGGCAAACCCAAAGGGCGGCCGCGACGGAAUAAUAGUUGAUGCUGACCGAGAAUUGCGGAUCAAAUUCUACAUGAGUCAGGUGCUUAUGGCUUGGACGUGGUUCAUCCCAGCCUUCCAUAUCGUUCCUGAGAUGCCAUUCUCAUCGUUCAUACUGGCUCGAGAUGAGCUCGAUUUCCCGAUCGGCUUGGGAAAUGAUAUAGUAGACGUGGAGGUGAAAAUAGAAUGGUGCCGAGAUGAAGCGGAUGAUACACAAGUGGAAACUGCCCAAAUGGACGAACCUUCGUCAGGGGUGGAGACUGUUGUAGCUAGCCUCGCUGGUGGCGCUGAAGUUGGCCAAGCUGCCGAAAGAUAAGCUGAUCGUGCGACAGCAUAUAAUAUGUCAGAUCGUGGGGGCCGCCUCACUCUUAGUAGAUCUGAACGGCCUGGACUAGUUUUCAUUGCCACUUCCCCCUCGCCAAGUGACUCUACUUGACAGUCGGAGUCCGUGUCUGCAUGCUAAUAUUAUGCGGUUUUUCAUGUGUUCCUUAUCGGACUUUCCUUCGUUGUGACGUCGGUUGCCCUGAAAUGAGUUGCUGGCG